AUGACGGUUUCCUUAGCAAACGGAAUGUCUUUGUCGCCAGCAGCCGUACCUACAGCAAGUCAAUCCACCAAUUCCGUCACAGGCACCGCUGUUCAGACCAAUGGUCCUGAAAAGGAUGAAAUAUGGUCUGGCAUUCUGAAGGGCGUGGCAUCCUCAAAGAUGGUUCCAACCAAAAAUGUUCUUAUCUUGGGUGAUUCAAGUUGCGGAAAAUCAACACUUAUUCACUACCUAAAGCAUGAUCCGGGACCGGAUGCUCCCAAAGUCGACGGUGAUGAUGUCGCUACAGGAACAUCGUUUGGUGUAAAUCCAUCCAAUUAUGCUCAUGUGCCUGUCGAUAAUCUCGAUGAAGACGUGACCAAUACGCUUGCUUUGGGCUAUACGUUCACUGAUAUACAGGACGAGGAAAAUGAAGCUAUUGCUCGACUUGGCAUGUAUCAGCUUGGUCUCUCUGCUCCAGAGUAUCUUCCAUUAUUGAAGUUUGCCCUCAGUUCCGAAACGCUUGCGGAUGCACUUGUGAUCAUUGCGAUCGACUGGACCCGACCCUGGAAGUUUUUAGAAUCAUUUCAACGUUGGAUUGAUGUCUUGCAGCACGUGAUUGAUGAAAUCUGUAAAGAAGGCUGUGCAGGCGAAUCAUGGAGUAAAGGAAAAGCCGUUGUUGAUGAAUUACGAGAAAAAGUGGAGCAUUAUCUGCAAACAUACUCGGAACCUUCUUCCAACAUGGUUAACGGCUACACGAUGGCAGCAUCCAAUUCCACGAGCUCAGUUCCAUCCACACCUACGAACUUUGUAUCAACAGUAUCGACACCUUUAGUUACCACCACAACAGCAGCAGAUCAGGUUACCUUGCCAUUAACUCAAGGCUGCUUAUCAACCAACUUGGGCGUUCCUAUAGUGAUUGUCUGCUGCAAGAGUGAUGCGCUCAACAUGCUGGAACAAUCCCAAGACUAUAAAGAAGAACAGUUUGAUUUUAUACAACAAACGCUGCGAUGUGUCUGCAUGAAAUAUGGCGCUGCCCUGUUCUAUACAUCCACAUUGCACCCUUAUACCUUCCAUAAUCUACGCCAAUAUAUUCUCCAUCGCCUACUCACCACAGCGACCAAAGCAUUCCCAUUCACUAUCAAGGCUCAAGUUGUUGAACGAGAUUCAGUUAUGGUCCCUUCUGGAUGGGACUCGUGGGGCAAGAUCCGAGUACUGCGAGAAGGAUUUGACUGUGAAGGAGUCCAUCAAGGAUGGGAUGCCGACAUUGAAGCUAUUAUGGACCGACAAGAUCCAGGAGCACAUGGUGCAAGAGGAGUAUAUGAAGAAGCGAUACCAGAUCCAGAGGCUGAGGAGCAGCCUUUGAAUAUUUCCCCACCUGUCACUUGUGAGGACGAGCAAGUGUUCUUUGAACGUCAUUAUGAAACGUUACGGCCACUUCGACGACCCGAUGGUGCCAAUAAAGCACGUAAUGGAGCAACAGGCUCACGGCCAAGCGUCAUUGGUCCCAUUGAUAUGUCGCAAGCAACCAUUGAUUUAGUUGAAGAGGAUGACAGUAGCAGAGCAACACGACAAAAGGAACCUGCAACUGAGCGACAGGGUACACGGCCAUUGCCACCGCACGUCGAUACAAUGCAAACACCCAUGGAUUCUGUAGGUACAGGUGCAGCGGCCGGUUUCCCUGCAGGAACCGACGGCGCUUCAAAUCAAGUCAUUGCCAACUUUUUCCAAUCGUUGCUCUUACGGAAAGCAUCCUCUGGCGGGGGAUCGCCUACUGCCACAUCUCCUGGUGCAUCUUUACCAGCAACUACUGCAGAAGACAGCACAGUGCGACGAUCGGCUAUUAGUAGGAAAGAAGUCCAUCGAGAAUUGGAUCGAAUGCGCCAAUAUGUAAACAAGCCUUGA